CUUCGUACCACGCGCUCGUCCCGGCCGCUAGUUCAUUCCGCGCCCGCGAGCCGACCGCGCCGCACGUCCGCGUUAACUCUCUAGUGCUGUGCAGUGCUUGCUUUGACGUUUGUGUAAUGCGAACGCCGCUAGCCGGGAACACUAUCUGAGCGAAAGGGUUGUGCAACGGGCGGAGGGCGGCGCGAAACCGCGCUUGCGCCCCCCGGCACGAUAAGCCGAGACAUCACACACGCGUCCACACCGGCACGCGAGAUGGACGACAAACCGACGGCUGGUGAGGAGCACUACAGCCUGCGCUGGAACAACCACCAAGCGCACCUGCUCCGCUCCUUCGAAGCGCUUCUUCACGCGGAGACUCUCGUUGAUGUGACUCUUGUGUGCGCCGAGCGCCGCGUACGCGCGCAUAAAGUUCUGCUGGGUGCCUGCAGCCCGCUGUUCCGACGGAUAUUCAGCGAAAACCCGUGCAAGCACCCGGUGAUCGUACUGAAAGAUUUUCAAGGAUGGGAAGUGCAAGCUGUGGUGGAUUUUAUGUAUCGUGGCGAAGUUUCUGUGGCGCAGGAGCAGCUCGGAACUGUGAUACGUGCGGGAGAGUCGUUACAAGUGCGCGGUUUGGCCGACCAAGAGGCGCCAGAGACGGUGGAGUCGGAGAGGUCUCCCGUUGGAAGCCCUCCUACCGGGCCCACGGCUGCGUCGCCGCCAGCGAGUCCGCACAGCCCGCAGCCACGCAGGAAACAAGCGAGACCACGACGUCGUUCAGGAGAAUCUGAUACACCAGAAAACUUAUCAAUGCGAAGAUCUCCGAGUGGCUUGAAAGCUGUGCGUCUAUCACGCGGGAGGUCUCCACAUAAGCAAGAACCAGAGGAGCCAGAAGCCGAGGCACCGCCACCACCAAGAAUGUUUCCGCCACACCAGGACAUGUUCCCGCCUGUACCACCACCCGCAGUUUCAGCACUUUCACUAACGCCACCGCACAGUAAGUACUUUAAUAGUUCUUAA